CAUGACCUGCACAUGUACCCCAGAACUUAAAGUAUAAUAAAUAAAUAAAAAAAGAAUAGCAGAAAAAAAGUACUUAUCAUAGAGGGUUGUAAUGAGUGUUAAAUGUGUUAAUACAUGUGUAGUACUUAGAACUCUGUGCCUUGACCCAGAGUAAGGGCUGUGCUACUAUGUGCAAUUAUCAGAUGAGACUGGCAGCAUCUUCUGACCUUAGGGACAUUUACUCUCUCUCUCCCUCUGUGUCUCAUUAUGGUCUGGAAAACUUCUGAUGUAGGCUCUGUAGCUGAUUCUUUCUCCAAUCAGUUACUCUGGACUAAAAGCAUUUCCCUUUCUACCAGCAGCCAGAUAAAGCCAAAUUCAGGCCACGAUCUGUGAUUUACAUGUUAGUCACUUUUAGAGGAACAAGAAUAACUGCUCUGUCAUUUAGGGUUGCCACUGAGGAGAUGCCUGCAUUGGAAAGACACAGCUUAUGUCACUAAAGAAGCUUCUGGGGCCAGUUUCCCUUAUCCCCAUGGCAGGGUGCAAACUUUUGGGCUUGCAGGACCAACAUCCCUCAUUGGUUUGGGAGAGGUGUGUGUGUGUGGAUCUGCCUCACAAUGGUCUGUCUGGGCCCUUACCUCAUGUCACAUGUUGGCAUUUGUUUGGCCAAUAAGACUGUAGCACACCCACCAGCUUCAGUCCCCACUUGGACUUACCUUUGAUGUCACAAUCUGAACUGUGGGUAUUAAUCUGGUUACAGCUGCUCACAGACCAGAUGGCAAGGUCAGGGGACUAGCACUGGGAGAUGUGGAAGAGAAGUAACCAUCAACCCAAGAUCAAAGCAGAGGAUGGACCUCCGGCGGGCCAGUUCAAGGUCCUGGGUUCAGUUGUAGAACCUGCCAUGCCACCUCUAGAGCUGUCAGAACUCCAGAGCUUCCAGGUAUGUGAGGACAUUAGGCUUCACAUCAAGGAAGUGGGAGCUCCCUUGGUCAAGAAAGUCAAUGCCGUUUUUCAGCUGGACAUUACCAAAGAUGGGAAGACAGUUCUGCAGUGGACCAUCGAUCUGAAGAAUGGUUCUGGGGACAUGUAUCUGGGACCUGCCAGGCUCCCAGCAGACACUGUCUUCACAAUUCCGGAGCCCGUCUUUAUGGAGAUGGUUUUGGGCAAACUGAACCCGCAGAAGGCUUUCCUUGCUGGCAAGUUCAAAGUGAGUGGCAAGGUUCUGCUUAGCCAGAAGCUGGACAGGGUUUUCAAAGACUGGGCUAAAUUUUAAGCAUGCAAAAAUACCAAAGAAGAACUUCUCUUCGAUGAUAAUGUCCCGUGGAAAUCAUGCUUAAUCUGAAGAUUAAAGUAAAAAGUAUCCAGUAUUUUUACUCAAA